GCACUUAUGAAGUAUUAAAUGCAGUUCAUUAUGUUUUUGAAUAUGAUGAAGUACCGCCUUUAUGAGGUACAGGAAAUAACACCUCCUUUGUUCUGUAUAUCCUCUGGCAUCAAGACUCACACACAUUUCACAGAUUCAACUCUCAUAAGCAGGAGACAUGACAGGGGAGCCACUGCAAUCCAACAGUUCAAAUGAUUCAGACUAUGGGGAUUACUAUAAAAAUGACAACUCUGAUAAUGUUGAACAGCCAUGCAACAACGGCAACACAGAGGCCUUCAGUGAAGUUUUUCUGACCACCCUGUACAGCAUAGUCUUCAUCAUUGGCUUCAUCGGGAACGGCCUGGUAGUGUGGGUCCUCAUCAGAUACCGUCGCAAAUCCAACAUGACAGACGUGUGCCUCUUAAACCUCGCCAUCUCUGACUUGCUCUUUCUUGUGUCACUUCCAUUCUGGGCUCAUUCGGCCAUGGCUGACUGGAUCUUUGGUAAAUUCAUGUGUCAUACCGUAACGGCCCUUUACACACUGGGUCUCCACGGCAGUAUCUUCUUCAUGGUGCUUAUGACAGUGGAUCGCUAUGUCAUUAUCGUCCAUCCCCACAGUAUCUUUUCCAAGAACCGCUCUGCCAAAAUGGGUUUGGUUCUGGCUUCGUUCGUGUGGAUCCUCAGCCUGUUUGCAUCUCUCCCAGAUAUUUUAAUUGCCCAUGAGUCCAAAGAGAUGAAUGAUUCAACAUAUUGCAGAUCACACUAUUCAAGUGAUGCCAUGAAGACUUUUAUUUACUUUAAGAUAAACGUCUUGAGUCUGUUUCUCCCUCUGAUUAUAAUGGUUUAUUGUUACGCACGGAUCAUCCCAACUCUGAUAAACCUCAAAUCACAAAAACGACACAAAAUCAUCAGACUCAUUCUGGCUGUGGUGGCUGUUUAUUUCCUCUUUUGGACACCAUACAACAUUACCCUAUUACUUCUCUUCAUGCAGACACAAGGCUACAUACAGUCUUGUGAGUGGGAUAACAGUUUGAGUCUGACUAUGCAAUGGGUGGAGACUAUCGCCUUCAGUCACUGUUGCCUCAAUCCCAUCAUCUACGGCUUUGUUGGAGAGAAGUUCAGAGGAGAAGUCAUAAAGGUGGUAAAGGAGCAGUUUCCCAUGUGCAUCAGACAAUGCUCAUCUUUCUCACAACAGUUAUCUGAACGCAAAGCCUCGACCUUCUCAAGAUCAAAUGAAUAUUCUAGUACACACAUGUAGUGCACUGCUAAUUCAGUGUGGAAUUAUAGCGUUUAUUCUUCCUGUGUUGAUACAAAAGAGUAUUUUCAUUUUGAGCAACUCUUGUUUCUUCGAACUCAAGUUCCUUUUUUUAACUGAAUGUAUUAUUCUACAUAAUGGUUUGAUAUGUUUUAUGCUUGUUUUUGAAAGUUUUGUCAGCAUUAUGAAUGUAAAGGCUACAGUAUGUUUAGCUGUCAUGAUAUAAGGCAGAAUUUGACCUAGCGCUGGCGCUAUGUGCAGGGGUGCACAUAACUUUUUUUGUCCUGGUUCGCAAAGGAGCACCUGGAGAUGCUGCCUGGUACUCACACUAUUCAUAGCGCCGACAUCCUACAUGCUGUCAACAUCAUUCUCCUGACUACUCUCUUCACCAUAUCACUUUGGUUUAAACAUGGUAGACGAUGAUGUAUAUAAAAUGAAAUAUAACUGGUUAUUGUUUUAACACAUGUAACCUUUAUAAAUGUCUGCUUACUCAUAUAAAUGUCAAAUAUUGUUAAAGACAAGUAAAUGGUCAGAAAUAUAAAAAAAUUCUGAUUAUGAGCAAUAGCACAAAUGAAUACAAUAGA